AUGGGAGCCGAAAUAUUAGCACAUUUCCUUGAAGCUCCUUUCUCCUUCGCUCCUUUCUUCCUUGUAAUCACUUUGAUGCUUGCAAUUAUCUACUUUGCUCUCAGAUCCAAUUGUGUUUAUCUCAUUGACUUCACCUGUUAUCUUCCAGCAGAUAACUUGCGAGUCCCAUUCUCCAAUUUCGUAGAACAUUUGCAUACAAGUGGUACCUUCAGUACAGACUACAGUGAUUUCCAAGAGAGAGUGUUGGAAAGAUCAGGCAUAGGAGAUGAAGCUUACAUGCCUAUUGCAGUGCAUGAGCUGCCACCUAACUCUUCGUUUAAACCAGCUCGAGAAGAGGUAGAGCAAGUUCUCUUCACAAUCGUUGAAGAUCUUCUGUCGAAGCACAACAUCAGUCCUAAGAGCAUCGAUAUUCUAAUAUCCAACUGCAGCCUUUUCUGUCCUACUCCAUCCAUAACAGCAAUGAUCACAAACAAGUUUGGGUUCCGAAGCAACAUAAAGAGCAUCAGCCUAAGUGGAAUGGGGUGCAGUGCUGGACUCUUGUCGAUAAGUUUGGCUAAAGAACUCUUCAAAGUUCACAAGAACUCGUUGGCUUUAGUUCUGAGCAUGGAAGCUGUGACACCGAAUGGUUAUGUAGGUAAAACCAAGUCGAUGCUUGUAACCAACACUAUAUUUCGUAUGGGUGGAGCUGCUAUUCUGCUGUCAAACAAGAAGCAAGAUAGACGGAGAGCAAAGUACAAGCUCCAGCACCUUGUACGUACCCACAUGGGAUCCGAUGACCGAUCAUACACUUCUGUCAUUCAACAAGAUGAUGAAGAAGGGUUCAUAGGAGUGUCACUAUCAAGGGCCCUUUUACAUGUCGCAGGCAAUGCUUUAAGAACCAAUAUAUCUGAGCUUGGCCCUCUUGUCUUGCCGUAUUAUGAACAGCUUCAAUAUGGGUGGGCAAUUAUUCGUCGGAAACUUUGGGUUACAGCAGGACAAAAGGAAAUAUAUGUGCCGAAUUUUAAGAAGGCUUUCAAGCAUUUCUGUAUACAUGCUGGGGGAAGGGCUAUAAUUGAUGCUGUGGAGAGUAAUCUGAAGCUGCAAAAGGAAGAUGGAGAAGCUUCAAGGAUGACGCUGUAUAGAUUUGGUAACACGUCAUCUUCUUCGGUCUGGUACGAACUCUGCUAUCUGGAAGCCAAGGGAAAGGUGAAGAAGGGAGACAAAAUUUGGCAAAUAGCAUUUGGAAGUGGUUUUAAGUGUAAUAGUGCAGUUUGGAGAUCCAUUUCGGUUCUCGAUCCAAAGGAAAGAAAUGCUUGGUCAGAUAGAAUUCAUUUGUAUCCUGUACAGAUACCAAAUGUGCCAUGA